AUGUUGAAAAUUGAAGUAAUCUUUGUUGUGUUUGUGUUUCUGCUAUUAGAAUGUGAACCAGCCAGGAUUUUAGGGAUAUUCCCUGUACCAGUUCACAGCCAUCAGUCUGUAUUUAGAACAUUAACAAAUGAGCUAGUGAGACGAGGGCAUCAAGUAACUGUUGUGACAGGACUUCCCGUGAACGAGGUAGCCCCAGAGAAUUACACGGAGAUUGAUGUAAGUCAAAUUGGAAAUAAAGAAAGAGAGAGAUAUUUAUCAAAAGAAAUAAAACCAUCUGAUGAUAUGUUUACUCAAUACAAUAGUAUUUUACAAUUAACAUUUAAUUAUGUAUUCAAAAUAUUACAAAGCCCAAAAGUAGAUACUAUGAUUAAAGAUAAAAAUCAAAGUUUCGAUUUGAUUUUCAUUGAAGAUUGCACCAGACCAGGAGUAAUUCUAUCCCACUUUUUCAAAGCACCUGUUAUAUCAAUAAGCUCUUAUGGAGGAACAUUUGGAACUUUCGAAACAACAGGAGCAGCCGUGCACCCUUUUUUAUAUCCUCUGCCUACUCGAAGAACAUAUCGUAAUCUUUCAAUAUGGGACAAAUUAUAUGAACUAUACGUUCAUUUCCGGCUAAACAAAAUAUAUGAAAAUCUGGAAUCAAAGCAAGAUGAAAUAUACAAAGAAUAUUACGGUUCAGAUAUUCCAAGGCUAAACGAUUUAAGUCGUAAUAUUAAAAUGUUAUUUUUAAAUAUACAUCCAAUUUGGGACUCAAACCGUCCAAUUCCUCCAAACAUAAUAUACCUUGGUGGCUUACAUCAGAAACCCCAAAAGGAAUUGCCGAAGGACCUAAAGUUACUUUUAGAUUCAUCUUCAAAUGGUGCAAUUUAUAUGAGCCUUGGCACUUUUGUUGAUUCAAAUCUAUUUCAUAAAGAAACAUUCCAAAUAUUUAUAAAUGUCUUCUCCAAACUGCCGUAUGAUGUGUACUGGAAAUGGAAUGGUUAUGAGAUGUCUGGACUAUCAAAGAAUGUCAAAGUGUUACCUUGGUUUCCACAACCUGAUGUGCUUCGUCAUCCAAACAUCAAGUUGUUUAUAACCCAAGGAGGACUUCAAUCUACUGAUGAAGCUAUCACCGCGGGCGUACCACUGAUUGGCAUACCUAUAAUUUUUGAUCAAUUUUUCAAUACAAAUAAAUAUGUUGAGUUAAAAAUAGGCCAAGAGUUAGAUGUAGAGUUGCUCAAUGAAGAGAAUCUAAGUAACGCAAUUAAUGAAGUGAUAAACGAUAAAACGUACAAAAACAAUGUUAUAAAACUAAGAUCCCAGUUGAAUGACACUCCCCUAACAUCACUAGAUCGUGCGGUGUUUUGGACGGAGUACGUUUUGAAGCACGGCGCUGAUCAUCUAAAAACACCUUCAGCAAAUAUGCAUUGGUUUAUUUAUUAUGAAAUGGAUGUAGCUUUAUGUACUAUUCUCUUGUCUUUGAUUUUUAUUAUAAGUUUCAUCAAAAUUGCUAGUGUGAUUUUAAAAUCAAUUUUGAGAAAGGAUAAAACAGAU